AUGGGCCCACGAAGCCAGGCGCAGCCGCGCGGGCGUGCGGAGCCUGUUGAGGCCGAGAUGCCGCUCGGCAGGUACUUGGCAUCGACCGAGAAGCGGGUGCGUGACCGGGCGAUUCGCUCGCUCGCGGCGUUUGUGCUGAUGCGCGCCCAGGAGGGGGGGUUGUCGAUGUCGCCGGCGGAGCUGUCCAAGCUGUGGAAGGGUCUCUUUUAUUGUUUCUGGAUGAGUGACAAGCCGCUUGUGCAGCAGCAGCUGGCGCAGGAGCUCAGUGAGCUUGUGCUGAUGGUCGCAGGUAUAGAUACGCGGAGCGACGAGGCUCAGGUGGCGUCGUUGCGGCAUGCGCUGGCGGCGCUCGACUUUUACCAAGGGUUUUGGCACACGAUGCAGGCCGAGUGGCUGGGUGUGGACAAGUUCCGCAUUGACAAGUACUACCUGCUCAUGCGCCGCUUCUUGCAGGCGGGAUGCCAGCUGCUGCUCGUGUAUGGGUGCGAUGCGCUGCUGGUGGAGCGGUACGUGCACAUCAUGCGCGGCACCGACGGCCCGCUGUCGUCGAACAAUGUGCAUGUGCCCGACAGCAUUACGUACCACAUAUGCGAUGCGUUCCUCGCGGAGCUCGACGCGGCCGUGGCGGCGCAUGCGGAGGCGUCGCCGGCGGUCCCGACGAUCGAGCUCCUGGCCCCGUUCAUGGACCUCGCGGCCACCAGCACGUCGAAGCAGGUGCACGAGCGCGUCAUGUCGCGCGUCAUUGACCCGUUCCUGGCGGCGUGCCAGAGGCGCCUGGCGCAGUCGACCGACGAGGCGCACGCUAGCGAGGAACACGAGCCCCUCGAGGCCCUGCUGUCUCAUACGCGCCUCGAUACGGGCGUCGCUUCGUGCAGCGACGUGUACAGUGCCGCGCUGCAACGCCUCAUGCGCGCCGCGAGUGCGCCGGAUACCUAUGCGCCCAGCCGCCGGCACUUGUACGCUCGCUGGCACGAAGCGGCGCAGGCCACGGAUCUUGAUUAG